UCCUCUCUUUGAGCUCCUCUUUUAGCUGUGGACAGGGUUUAUUCCAGACUCUUGGGAUGGCUCUGGCUGAGUAUUAAUAUUGGAUGAAUCUGAGAUAUCUCUGGCAGGGUUUUAAGAAAUCUGAAGCACAUUCUGCUUGCAGGAAUUAUUUCUCAUGUUUGAACUCAGGACAGUGCCUUUUCUUUGUUGAAUCUUUUCCUGGCCACAUGUUCAAAUAUGUUUGUGAUUUGUUGUCUUGGGGAUGGUUGCUGAAUUUGUGUUGUUUUUUUGGUUCUCUUCUAUUACAGCGGGAUGCAAAGGGACAGUAUCUGUUUGACCUCAUUUGCCAUCACCUCAACUUGCUGGAGAAAGACUAUUUUGGCAUCAGAUAUGUAGAUCCAGACAAGCAGCGGCACUGGCUGGAGUUCACCAAAUCAAUUGCAAAGCAAAUGAAAUCUCAGCCUCCAUUCACCAUGUGUCUGAGAGUCAAGUUCUACCCUCCUGAGCCUGCUGUUCUCAAGGAGGAAAUCACUCGAUAUCUCGUCUUCCUGCAAAUCAAGAGAGACCUCUACCACGGUCGGCUCCUGUGUAAAACCUCGGAUGCGGCCAUGCUGGCUGCCCAUAUCCUUCAAGCUGAGAUUGGUGAUUACGACCCUGGGAAGCACCCUGAAGGUUACAGCUCCAAAUUCCAGUUCUUCCCUAAACAUUCGGAGAAGCUGGAGCGCCGGAUCGCAGACAUACACAAGACAGAGCUGAUUGGACAGACACCUGAAACAUCAGAGCGAAAUUUCCUGCAGAAAGCCCAGAUGCUGGAGACAUAUGGUGUUGAUCCGCAUCCAUGCAAGGAUGUGUCUGGGAACCCAGCUUUCCUCGCCUUCACACCAUUUGGUUUUGUGGUGCUCCAGGGAAACAAGAGAGUUCAUUUUCUCAAAUGGAAUGAGGUGACCAAACUGAAGUUCGAAGGCAAGACGUUCCACGUGUAUGCAAAUCAGAAGGAGAUCAUCUUGACAUACUUUGCGCCCACGCCGGAGGCAUGCAAACACCUUUGGAAGUGUGGUGUGGAGAACCAAGCUUUCUAUAAGCUUGAGAAGUCAAGUCAGGUUCGAACAGUGUCCAGCAGCAACCUGUUCUUCAAGGGCAGCCGUUUCCGUUACAGUGGGCGAGUGGCAAAAGAGGUGAUGGAGCAGAGUGCCAAAAUCAAACGCGAACCUCCAGAAAUACACAGGGCUGGCCUCGUGCCCAGCAGAAGUUGUCCAUCUAUCACCCACGGGCCUCGCCUCAGCAGUGUACCGCGCACGCGUCGGAGAGCUGUACACAUAUCCAUCAUGGAGGGUCUAGAGUCAUUGCGUGACAGUGCCCAUUCUACACCGGUGCGUUCAGUGUCCCACGGGGAAUCUUUCAUGCCACGCUCCCGGAGCCAGGCCACAGACGCCAGCGAGAGGACUGCGGUGAUCUCAGACGAGGCCUACAGCCCCUCCAUCAGCGUCCUGCCCACCCCGGUAGCCGAGCACAGCAUGGAGCUGGCCACUUCUCGCCAGAUUAACGGUGCACCUUGCAGCAUCGAGGAGGAGAAGGAGUCUGAGGCAGGCACCCCCAUGCGCGGGGAGGGGGUUGAUUUUGGUGCGGACGGUAGAUCUGCACAGGAAGGUGCAGGAGGGAACUCAACCCUCAGCGAGGUGGAACAGGUGAAUAAAUUUGUCUUAAGUGUCCUCCGUUUGCUCCUUGUGACCAUUGGACUCCUCUUUGUCUUGCUCCUCCUCCUCAUCAUCCUCACUGAGUCAGACCUUGACAUUGCAUUUUUACGUGAUAUCCGCCAGACCCCCGAAUUUGAGCAGUUCCAUUACGAAUACUUUUGUCCCCUCAGGCGGUGGUUUGCCUGCAAGCUCCGCUGGGUGGGCGGGUUGCUCAUUAACAAGUGAGAGUGAGGUCGUAGAGUUCGUAAGCCCAUUCGGGGGUCUGAGAUGACGGUUAAGACUCCGGAGUGAUGGAGGGCAGCUUCGUCCCAACCAUGAACCCUGCUUCUCUCACCAUCCUCCUGCAGGCAUACAGCUUGGACCACUCCUGGUAACACCGGGGCCCAGGAUCUCUCUUCCCCUCCUCCACUUUGAGUUAACCCCCCAACCACCUCCUCGUUUCGCUUGUUUUCGUCCUCUUUUUUUUUUCCUACAAAGUCAGAAGACAUGUUUUGCAUUUUUUAUUUUUAUUUCAAGUCAUUUCAGGUAUUUUAUUUUUUCAAAUAACACAAAGGAAAAAAAUUUUAACUGAAAUCAAAGAACUGAAGAAUUUUAAACAGUUCCUUUUAUAGGAACGGAAGAUUUUGUUGCAACAGAUGAACGUUGACAUCAUUUAUUUAUUACUUUUAAACAUGUAUUUGCAUAAGAAAAGGUGAAGAGGUGAUGGAAAGUAAUCGAGGAAGUUGAUUUGUCAUUAACAAAUGAAGAUGGAAGUGAGUUAUGUUAGAGUCGAUAGGCCUGAUGCUGUGAAGUAUACUCUAUGUGAGGCAAAGUAGUGUAACAUCUUUUGAUAUUGAUUCAUCCCCAUCAGACAAACAGAAGAUUCACCUCAUCAGGAAAAACAGAACAACCUGACGGGAAUAAUAGUGAAGGUUCAUGAAGAAGAGAAUAGAUUACCAAAUGCCUUGUUUUGAGAAUGUCGAUGUCUGUUGGCAGUUUUGAAUUUUGAGGAUAGUUUUAAGACACAAUUACACUUUAGUAUACAUGGGUGUACAAAGUAAACUGGCGAAGGUCAAAGUUGUUUUUUCUAACAUUUUCUAAGGAUACAGUAAAAUAAACCAGAACCAAUAGUGUUAUGUGACCCAGUAGUGUCAGAUGCGUUUAGAGAAAUAUUCAUGGCGAGCAAAGAUUCACUGGCAUCAAUAGAUAAUAGUCUAGAUAGAUGUGCAAUGCUCAUAUGGUUUAAUAAUUAAGUACUUUUGAAUGUGCUCAUUUGUUCAGUUGUUCUCUUAUUUCUCCAAUUAAUUUGAUUUGCAUUCUUUCAUCAAGUUGAAAUUCAAUGAAUUUCAAUAAUUUCUUUGUAUGAAGAGUUUAUGAUUUAUUUUGGUUUUAUCAACCUUGCUCUUAGGUUUA